AAACUACAUCGAUAGUCAUCGUCUUGUCCUUGUCCUACAGGAUGUUCUGCAAGCCAACGAUCAUUACGAUGUUUGUUCAGACGACUACAGCAGGGGCAUGAAGCAGCUUGUUCAAGCGCACAAAUAAACUAAACCGUGGAUUGCUGUCUGAGGAGACUCAAAACAACAACUUGAUUAUGUUCUAAAUGUGGAAUAAAAUGGCUUCCUCGUCGAUUUUUCUGUGUUUGGGAUGUAUUAUUUUCGUAACUUCUGUAUCCGGCCAGGUAGCAGUUUCAAACGUAACUUGUUCAAACCUACAGUUACAAGAAAAAACAUGGAAUUUGACUGGUUUUUGCACGGCCACGCUGUACGGAGAAGCUAGUAAUGGCAACUGCUACUGGAUCAUUGAAAGGAGAAACAAUACGAAGGAUGUUCGUACCUUGAUUGUUCCUGGUCACGUUCAGCGAAUUGCUGAGGGGAGUUUUUGUGGAGCUGUUUUUUAAACGAUCAAUUCCCAUACACCAAUGGGAGCUUUGACAUUUCUAUACAUUUUUAUUUACAAUCAGUAAAGCUGGAACACGCCUUCUACCUUACAUUGGAGCCUCCAGUACUGGGGCUUUCAUGUCCUGCCUACGUCACAGAGGGAGAGUCUCUCAACUGCACGUGCCGUUUGAUGAACAAUCCGAAGCCCUCUCCUCUUCUGUUUUGGGACGACAGCCAUGACCACCGAGAAGUGGGGCCAAUAUUUCUCUCAAAAGACAAGGUUAACCGUGACCAAAAUGGGGAAAGUCACUCUUGUCAUGCCAAUUGGUCAAACGAAACGGUCUCCAAGUCCUUCACACUGAAUGUCGCAUAUGGCCCUGAUCCUGAUCAGGUCUCGGUGGAGAAAAUACAGCUUUCAAACAUAAGUGUAGUGGAGGUAAUCGACUUAAGGUGCACUGCCCAAGAGGUCUAUCCAGGGGUUACAUUCACCUGGAACGUUCCUUGCCUCAAUACCACCAGGAACAAAGAGAGCAGCGACUGCACCUACCACCUUGCACCUGAAGACAACGGGAAGACAGUCGAGUGCACCGCCACCAACAACUUCACCAACACCUCACAACAUGCCUCCUACAUAUUGACCUACACAGUGGUGGUCACGCAAGAAACAACUCACAGCUUGAGCAUUACAACCGCUCUACCAGAGACCACAGAGACCACAGAGAAACAAAAUGAUGGUGUCCCGAUAUUAUAUAUUGCUGUUGGCGCCGGCUGCGGAUUUGUGGUAAUUGUGCUUUGUGUUACUGUUAUCUGCUGCAUGAGAAGACGAAACCAAGGCAAAGACGGCGUCAGGUUUAAAGGUGGGGUCAUCAGACAGUCCAUAAAGCCGACGGCCGUUGCAGCCAGAAUAUUGCAAGACCCCGAGGGCGACAAAGCAGCAAUUGUUGUCGACGACUUCGAAGAUGAUGUACCGUCCAACGAUCCUGUUGCCAAGCAAGCACAGAGUGUCAUCUAUGAUAUCUUGAAUAAGCGAAAGAAAGAGGUUCAGUUUGCCGAAAAAUCGUCGUCCAAUCUAGCCUAUGCCCAGAAUCAAAGAAACGAACCGGAAAAACAAACUACAGGACCGACGGUAUCGGCAGUCUCAGCUACGGUCUUCCGUACAGACAGUGAAGAGGAAGCAGUAACUCGCCUUUGAGUUGCUUCCCUUUAGAGAGAGGUUCAUCGGAGCUUCGCGCAUCAUCAACAACAGCACAACCAUAAAUAUAUAACUGAAUAGUUUCCUUGUAUUGGUACAAGACAAUGGGGCCAAAGGUGAACUGGUUGGAUUAAUUAUUUUUAUGUAAUUUUGACACUUACAAAUAAAAACAGCAUUUUCUUAUUGAC